GGUUGGUCCAGUUAAAGAGCUGGGUAAACAAUCAUAUCGCCAGCUGCCGGGGCUCCGGGCUUAGGAGGCCUCCACAUGCACCACUGGCAGCACGUCGAUGUCAUUAUUGUUCAGUCCUGCCAGUAUUCUCCAGUGUUCUCCAGUGCCAGUGUCUAUGCCCACCAUUGCGCUGCCGUUCUCGUGCCUCUCAUCGGCUGCACACAAGCAUACUACAGAUGCACACUUAUGAACCACCUCAUCCCACCGGUUAUUUUCCGUCCACUCGUCGCCGAAAUACCAUCUUCAUUAUCACCGUCUCUCUUUUCACAACAUCAGCCCGGUGCGGCGUUUUAUCCUCCCGUUCCAACCGUAUGAUUCCCAUGCCGAUAUUCAGAAACAACCACUAUUGACCCCUCCAUGAGCUCGACAACUUCUUGAAGACUCGAGGAGCCUCGCAAACCACAACAGCCAGCCUAUAACAGUUUUCAUCGUCUAUCACUAUCGUUCGUCGGCCUUGCCUUUGAUUUUCUACAAGAACUACGAAUUCAAUUACGUGGCAGCGCUGGGAAUGCGCAUUGUCCGGUUAUUGUGCCGAGGAACGAAUCGCUUUUGAAGAUAAGAAAUCGAAGGAGACUAUACCGCAGCAAAGAUGGAUAUCGUGGACCGUGACUUAGAGCGCGCGGAGAUGCAGGCGACUCGGACGUUCUCGCAAGAGAGCAAAGAGCGCCGGUCUCUUCGCAGUCCGAUCUCACGGCAGGCCACGGCCUCAACCGGUUCUACAAGCUCAAGCGCCUCUUCAGGCACGUCAAUGGGCCGAAUAGCCACCGCGCCCAGCCCUAGCAUUGGUCUGCGGCGGUCGGCGACGCAUCCGAUUGAAGAUCUUCGAACAGAAACACAUCGUUUACAACAAAUUCAGACCGUGGGCGCAAGCCUCAAGUCCAAACCAGAUUCGAAGCCUCUACCCGAAUUCGGCGGAGGCAAACCAUAUCCUCCCAUGUUACCCGCACAAGAAGACUACGUCGUGGAGUUUGACGGCAAGGAUGAUCCGCUACAUCCACAAAACUGGCCAUUCCUCAAAAAACUUUAUCUUGGAGUCAUUCUCGCCUUUACAUGUUUAACCAGCACCUUUACCUCCUCCGUCUUCUCCGCAUCAACAAUGUCUGUUGGUCACGCAUUCGGAGUCAGCACCGAGGUUGCUACUCUCAGCACAUCGCUAUACGUGCUGGGAUAUGCGUUUGGGCCUCUGUGCUGGGGCCCCUUCUCCGAGUUGCGCGGCCGGAAACUACCCAUCCUGGUUGGGAUGUUUGGAUUUUCGGUCUUCUGUUUUGGUUGUGCGACGGCCAAAGACCUUCAAACAGUUAUGAUCUGCCGCUUCUUCACGGGUUUCUUUGGUUCGUGUCCACUAGCAGUCGUGGCGGCCAUUUUUGCCGACAUGUUCGACAAUAGCCAGAGAGGUACGGCCAUCGUCAUCUUCUCCUCGAUGGUGUUCAUGGGUCCGAUGUUGGGGCCUUUUAUUGGAGGCUUCAUCAACAGUUCAUACCUGGGGUGGCGCUGGAACCUAUAUUUGCCGGGAAUUAUGGGCUCUGCCGCGUGGACUCUCAACAUUUUCUUUCUCGAGGAAUCCUACGCGCCCAUGGUUUUGGUCGGCAAAGCCGCCGAGUUGCGUCGCCGCACUAAGAAUUGGGGCAUCCACGCAAAACAGGAAGAAGUCGAAGUGGACUUCCGCGAGCUGAUAUCUAAGAACUUUUCCCGUCCGCUUCGGCUUUUGGUUUCCGAGCCCAUCAUCCUGGCCAUCACAAUCUACAUGUCGUUCAUCUAUGGUCUGCUCUAUCUCUUCCUGACCGCCUAUCCGCUCGUUUUCCAGGGAGUUCAUCACAUGAAACCUGGGGUUUCGGGCCUACCGUUCUUCGGUAUGGUGGUGGGCAUUUUUAUCGUCGCAGGCUACAUCAUUUAUAGUGCCAGAGAGUACAACAGGAAGCUCGAAGCCAAUGGAGGAAUUCCCGUGCCGGAAUGGCGUCUUCCUCCUGUCAUUAUUGGAGGUACACUCUUUGCCUUGGGUCUGUUUUGGUUCGGCUGGUCUGGAUACAAGGCCUCCGUGCAUUGGAUAGUCCCCACACUUUCCGGCCUCUUCACCGGCUUUGGACUCCUGGCUAUUUUCAUUCAGUGCUUCAACUACCUGAUCGACUCGUACCUCAUGUUUGCGGCUUCCGCAGUUGCAGCCAACACUUUCCUCCGGUCGAUAACAGCGGCAGGCUUUCCCCUGUUUGCGCGCCAGAUGUUCAACGGCAUGGGUAUCGAAUGGGCAAGUACUUUGUUGGGAUGUUUCGCUUUUUGCCUUGUCCCUAUACCUGUGCUAUUCUAUUUCUACGGCAAGAAACUGAGGGCAAAGUCCAAGUUCGCCCCAACCAUGGCGAUCAAGAAGCCACUCGACGAGGAGGACAGCGGUGACGAGGACUCGGAAUUGCAGAUGGCCGCGUUGCAUGCUACUAGAAGCAAAGUGCAUCAAGAUCUUGAACCGGCCAGGCGGAGGACCAGGUCAGGAACGAACGGUUCUGCUGCCACAGCUGCUGGUGGAACUGCUCCAGUCAGUCAUAAUAUGUCUGAGAAGACCGACUAGGCCAGGAAACACAGCCGUCGUUGGCGCAAACAGAUUAGAUUCGUACGUGGCUGUUGACUGACAGCGUGUUGGAAAGCUUUUCGCUCUGAAGUUACGCUUUGAGACAGUGACCGUGACGAACAGUAAUUAGUUAUCGUUCUGAGUCGGCGAAUCCAUAUUUUGUUGUUCUUCGUUGUCUAGAUGCUUUCAUUGUCCGGUCUUGCACUUAUAAUCCAAAACAUAAUGUAUGCCC